AUGGAAAUGCACGUGAUACUCGUCGUGACUAUAGGAGACGAUUUCCUAACCGAGAUACCAGAUUCAAGAGCAUUUACUCGCACAUUCAACAGAUUACAUGAAACCGGUGCUGUUCCAAGUACAAGUAUUAAUUCUCACCGUGCAGGUGUGCAAACUCUGAAUGAAGUUGAACAAAUUCUUCAGCCGGUAGAACGCAGUCCAUCUACUAGUACAAGAAGACUUUCUGCUCGUCUUGGUGUUCCUCAUGUAAAAGUAUGGAGAACAUUGCGUACUCAUGGCUUAUUGAUAUUAUCCCGCUUACAGCAAUGGAAUUAUUUACACCCUACAACCCGUGUAACUGUUUAUCGAAACAGAGGCGAAGCAUUUGUACAAUUUUUUACGAAAGAUCAAGGUAUUUGUUAUUGUAAUAACGUGCAAAGAUUGUUUGAUGAAUUGAAAAUAGAUCAUAACCCAAGUGAAUGGCGUCUUUUUAUCGAUAGCUCUAAAAACAGUGUUAAAACAGCUUUACUUUAUAAUGGAAACACACUACCAACUAUUCCACUUGCUCAUGCCGUCAAUGUUAAAGAAAUAUAUGUGCGCAUAUCAGAGGUUUCGACUCUAAUUCGGUAUAACGCAUUUGAAUGGAAAGUUUGUGCAGAUUUAAAGGUAAUUGCUGUGGUUACUGGCUUACAAGGCGGUUUUACAAAAUAUUGCUGUUUUCUUUGUUUGUGGGACAGCCGAGCGAGAGAGCAUCAUUAUGUGCGCAAAGAUUGGCCUUCUAAAGAACAUUACGAUACUGGUGCUUUCAAUGUCUUAAAUAAGCCUCUGGUGAGACCAGCAUCUGUAAUAUUGCCUGCACUACACAUCAAUCUGGGUUUGAUGAAAAACUUUGUGAAAACGUUGAAUCCAGAAGGCCCAGCAUUUAGCUUACAACUAUCGUACGCUAAACUAAAAGAAGGCAUAUUUUUUGGCCCCCAAAUAAGAAAAUUAAUAAAUGACAAAGAAUUCAUGUCAACAUUAACAACAAAAGAAGCAACGGCGUGGAUUAGCUUCAAUCAAACCGUCCAUGGAUUUUUAGGAAACCAUAAGGAUGGGAAUUAUCGCGAAAUAAUUUCCAACUUAUUGCACAAUUACGAUGCCAUAAAUGCAAAUAUGUCGCUCAAAAUCCAUUUUCUCCAUUCGCACUUAGAUUUUUUUCCAAGCAAUCUUGGAGCGGAAAGUGACGAACAAGGCGAGCGGUUCCAUCAAGACUUAAUGACAUUGGAAAGACGUUAUGAAGGUUACUGGGAUGCAGGGAUGAUGGGAGACUAUCUCUGGAGUGUUAUCAGAGAAAUCGACCCAAAGACAUACAAAAAAUUGUCAAAAAAUAAUCAUAUCCCUCACUAUACUAACAAUAAGUAA